AUGGCCCGAAAAGUCAGGGCGGCCGCAAGGGCGGCUGCCGCUUCUCUCAAGUCCACGCCGCAGCAGCUAGAAGAGUCUGACACAGAGAUGACAGGCAUGGCCUCACCUCGAAGGGAUGCUCGCGAAGACGAAGCUGAAGAGGAUGCCGAGGCCGAGGGUGAAGGAGAGGAGGAGGCAGGAGAAGACGAAGACGUCGACGAGGACGAGAGAGACACGCCGAGGACGCCCAUCGAGGCCGAAGAAGGGACGACACCUACUGCAGACAAUGAUGAAUCCGAAGGAGGCGCACAGGAUACACCGUCUCGACCGUCCAGCACGACGGGGCGGGGCGGCAGCAGCAUGCUCGGCCGACCCCCACGACGACGGCGCAUCGGCCGUCCUCCCAAGAACAAGCCAGCCGACUGGGACGCAGACGAAGGAAGCGGAACACCCACCGGAACAGGCAGGACAGGGACGCCAGAUACACCCGGAGCACGGUCUGGGGCCAACACGCCCAUCAAGCGAGGCAGCGGUGGCGGCGCGGGAGGAGGAAUUGGUCGUUGGGGCCCCAAGUCGCGCGGCAGCUCAGCGCACGUCUCGCACAUGCCGCUGGACAAAGACGGGAACGUUCUCGAGGUUAUUGACGACGAGGUAGCGUUGCCUGAGGAUCCGGAGGGAGAGACCAAAGUCGACAAGCUAGGUAACCUGCUAGGCGGCCGGGAGUUCCGUGUGCGUACGUUCAAAGUGCUUGAUAGAGGGGAGAGACAGUACAUGCUUUCGACGGAGCCAGCACGCUGUAUCGGCUUUCGAGACUCGUACCUUUUCUUCCAGAAGCACAGGCUACUCUACAAGAUCAUCAUUGACGACGAAGCCAAGCGCGACCUUAUCGAGCGAGAGAUCAUCCCGCACUCGUACAAGGGUCGAGCAAUUGGUAUCGUGACUGCGCGGUCUGUCUUUCCUGUGCCCGAGGAUAGAUUGCCUGCUGCCGGCGAGAAGUACAACAAGAAUCAGUAUGUUGCAUGGCACGGAGCGAGCAGUGUGUAUCACUCGGGAGUGCCUUCAGUACCUCUGCCAGUCAGCAAGGCGGUUGAGAGCAAGAAGCGCAGGAUAGUCGUUACGGGAGAUAACUGGAUGGUCCAGCAUGUCCGUGAAGCCAGUCGCUUCAACUCGGAGCUGGCGAGUCUACGGCGAGAAAACGUCAAUGGCGUGUAUGACAUCCACACCAACAUGGUGAUGUAUCCAAGGACCAUGCAGCCAACCCACGCACGCUGGGAGCAAGUCGAGCCGUCCGAAGAUACCUUGUCUUCAUCCUCUGCUUCUUCUUCUGCUGCUUCUACUGCUGCUUCUUCUAUCUUUCCAUCCGUCCGAGGCAUCUUCAGCCGCAACUUCCGCAUCCAUGACAUCUCCUACGAGUCCGCACCCAACUCGUCUCUCAACCUCGUCCCCGGGCCAGACGGCGACCACCACGACCUCGGCUCCAACGGGCUGAUAUCACUAGACCACGAAGUCAACGACGACGCUGACGCUGACUCUGAAGACAUCAACUUCAAGAUGACGGCGGAGGUGCUGGCCGAGCUGCCAGAGGACUGUCGACAAGCCUACCUCGAGGCUGCAGCCCGUGAGUGGCAGUGGAAGAACAAGUGGAAAGGCGAAAGAGUCGACGGCGCCAGAGCCAACCUCGCCAUGAACUUCACCUGGACUCCCUGA